AUGAUGAGAUUUCGACUUUUGUUUAUAUUUUCCUUUUAUUUGAUUGUCUUGACGGCCAUCAAGCCGCUGUCCAUUCGACGGAAUGAAGCGUUUUGUGUCAACCAAAAAUUCGGCAAUUUGCUCUAUUUGGGUCCGGCAAAAACGAUGACCACAAUGAUGGCAAGAAUCCAUUGUGAAAUUGAGACGUUGAAGAAAAGAGGCCAUAUUGGACCGAGCGAAAGCAAUAAACUCAAUCAGAACAAUUAUUGCUUUGGGAAACAAAAGAACGAAAUGGUGAUGACGGCUUUCACGGCUCCGCUAAAUGGUUGGGCUGGUCACAAGCGCUUUUUCAUCUGGAGAGACCCGUUAGAUCGUUUCCUCUCGCUUUAUGGACACAUGUGCAAACGAGAGCAUCUCUGCGGAGUUGCCGGCAAGAAUAUCCACUCGUUUGCUCGUGGUGUCUACCAGAUGCUCAAAUCGAAUCGUGGAGGGCCCGGCUCAAAGGACUUUCUGCGAUUCAAACAUCACGUCAUUCCGCAAUCUUGGUACUGUGAGAUUUCCACACAUCGCAAAAGCGAUCGAGUCGUCGAGUACACAAAUGACAAAGCGUUGAUGAUGAAACGACUCGCACGAGUCUUUCAGUCGUCGACCGUUCCCAAAUGGAUGUGGAAAAAGGCCCUUCAACGAAUCGUCAAGACAAACAUCAACCAGCGAUCACAAAUUUCUCACCACGAACAAUACGAGUUGUGGAGGCGACAAAUCCUGACCAGCCCGGAGACGUUGGCCUAUUUCAAGGCCAUCUAUCACUCGGAUUAUUCGCUUUUCCACAAAAGUCCACCAGGACCAGGCAGCUUGAGGAGCCAACGACGGCGAAAUUGGAGACACAUUCGAGUUAGAGACACAUCCGAUGUUUCA